AUGAAUAUAAACCACUUAUUCUUUGCUGAUGACAACCUACUCUUCUACAAGGCUAACCCCCUAGAGUGGAAUAGAUUAAUCCAUCUCCUAGAAGUCUAUGAGAAUGCUUCAGGUCAAAGGUUAAACAAAGAUAAGAAUUCUAUCUAUUUUAGCAAAAACACAAACCAAGAAGUGAAAGGGAUCAUUGUCCAGAUUGCAGAGGCAAAGGUAGCUGAAUUAAUAGACCAAGACACAAAAGCAUGGAAUGUACAAUUGAUCAAAGACAUCUUCUCUGAAGAGGAAGCAGCAUCCAUUCAGAAAAUCCCUAUAAGCAUCUACAACAGCCCUGACAGGAUAAUAUGGAGAGGCACAAACAAUGGAUUAUUUAUGAUCAGAAGUGCCUACCACAUGCAGAAUGACAUUCAACAAAGAAACAAGGGACAAUCUAGCUGUGAGAAGGUAAAAGAGCAAUGGGGCAAAUUGUGGAGUCUAGCUAUGCCAAAUACAGAAAUACUUUUCAUGUGGAAGGCCUGCAACAACAACCUACCAACUAAGCAAAACCUAUUUAGAAAGAGAAUUGUUGAAGAGCUUGACUGUCCAAUCUGCCUACAUGAAGUUGAAAGCAUUGAACAUGACAUUUGGGAAUGUGAAUCCUUGAGAGAUGUGUGGGGUUUGUGUUCUAUGAAAGUACAAAAAAGGAGCCUUCAAAACCAAUCUUUCAGAGAACUAGUGUUCGAUCUGCUGGAGGAGAUGGAUGAUGAAAUACUUAUAGAGAUGGUAGUGAUGGCAUGGAGACUGUGGAAGAGAAGAAAUGAGGUGGUAUUUCAGAAAGAAUAUACCAACCCUUUGAUCAUUCUAAACCAAACAAGGCAAAAGCUACAAGACCUACGACUACUCCAAAGCAACACUUCAGUCUCAACAACAAGGCAAGUCAAUUGUGCAGAACCAAUGAACCAAUGGAAAGCCCCACCAAACAGACACUACGAAGUAAACUGGGACGCAACUAUUGAUCAAAAGAAAUGCACGCUAUGGAAGAUGAAGAAACGGACUGAGGGAGAGGGGAGGGAGUUGUAG